CUCCGAGUGGAAACCCUCAUCUCCGUAUAAGGAUCUAACAUUUUUGAGAUUUUUCCUUUUGUCGCAUUUGUAAACAGCGAGAGAGAAAUCCAACUUAUUCAAUGCGCAACCAUGCUCAUCAUCUCGUCUCGCAGUGCGCUGCUGUCCGUCUACUACCCACAGAUCUUCCUCAUCCUCACCAGCGGUAGCUACCUGGCGCUGUCCUCUGUGGUAGCUUUGGGGGCAAACAUUAUCUGCAAUAAGAUCCCUGGACUGGCCCCACGACAGAGAGCCCUGUGCCAGAGCCGCCCGGACGCCAUCAUCGUGAUCGGUGAGGGGGCACAGCUGGGCAUCGACGAGUGCCAGUACCAGUUCAGAUACGGGCGCUGGAACUGCUCCGCUCUGGGCGAGAGGACGGUGUUCGGACAAGAGCUCAGAGUAGGCAGUCGGGAGGCAGCGUUCACUUACGCCAUCACCGCGGCCGGAGUGGCCCAUGCGGUGACCGCCGCCUGUAGCCAUGGCAACCUGAGCCAGUGCGGCUGUGACCGGGACAAACAGGGCUACCACGACCAGGAGGAGGGCUGGAAGUGGGGAGGCUGCUCCGCAGAUGUGAAGUACGGAGUGGAGUUCUCCAGGAGGUUUGUGGAUGCACGAGAAAUCAAGAAGAAUGCACGAAGACUCAUGAACCUGCACAACAACGAGGCCGGAAGAAAGAUCCUAGAGGAGCGUAUGAAGCUGGAGUGUAAGUGUCAUGGCGUGUCUGGCUCUUGUACCACCAAGACGUGCUGGAUCACUCUGCCCAAGUUCAGGGAGAUCGGGUACCUGCUGAAGGAGCGCUACAGCGAGGCAGUGCAGGUGGAGGCCGUGCGCGCCUCCCGCCUCAGACAGCCCUCUUUCCUGCGUCUCAAAAUGGCACGUGGAUACCAGAAGCCCACAGACACAGACCUGGUGUAUCUGGAGCGCUCCCCAAACUACUGCGAGGAGGAUAAGGUCACAGGGAGUACGGGCACAAGAGGCAGGCUCUGUAACGGGACGUCCACCGGGGCAGACGGGUGCAACGCCAUGUGCUGUGGGCGAGGGUUUAACUCCCACCAAUACACCCGCGUGUGGCAAUGCAACUGCAAGUUUCACUGGUGCUGUUUUGUCAAGUGCAACACCUGCAGCGAAAGGUCAGAGGUCUUCACAUGCAAAUAAGAGACAGCAAACACGGACUUUCAAUUUGAAGUGAAGAACUUGGAAGUAUUUAUUCAAUAUUUUGCACAUUUUGGCAUCCUUGGGAAUUUACUUAAGGAAAGACAAAUAUAAAAUGAAAGAUGCAAGGCUUGAUGCUUGGGAGCCGAAGCAAA